AGUGGUGAAUCUCUGGAACUCUCUGCCACAGAGGGUAGUUGAGGCCAGUUCAUUGGCUAUAUUUAAGAGGGAGUUAGAUGUGGCCCUUGUGGCCAAGGGGAUCAGGGGGUAUGGAGAGAAGGCAGGUACGGGAUACUGAGUUGGAUGAUCAGCCAUGAUCAUAUUGAAUGGCGGUGCAGGCUCGAAGGGCCGAAUGGCCUGCUCCUGCACCUAAGUUCUAUGUUUCUAUGUUUCAGAGGAUGAUGAUGAUGAUGAUGAAAGAUCAUAGAGCAACGAUCUUUGAUGGUGAUGGCAUGUCAUCGAUGAUGGACACUUCACCUGAGCAAUGAAGGGAGAGGCCACUGUUUUCUCAGCCCUUAAAAGGAGUGCGAGGAAGUGGUGCGGCGAGGGGAGUGGACACGCCGCGACCGUGAUCGACACCACCAGCGACUAAUAAAGCCGCGGCUGCGAGCAGCGACGUCCACAAAUGGGAGGCGGGAAUUGGAGCACGGGGCGCCAAUGGGAGCCGUGCGGAAGGUGGGAUUGAGACAAGUUUAAUUUGUGGCCGCACUACCUGAGGAAGCUGCAACAAAGUAGCCAGAGAAAAACCACCCAGAACACGCCACCAAAAUGCUGAGCUUGGGCUCGGGAGGCGGAAAAACAGCCAAGCCUUCUUUCGUCUCCUACGUUUCUCCAGAGGAAAUUAAAAAAAAGGAUGGUAAUGAUGACCUAAAGCCACACUUACUACCAGGGGAACUUGUAAUUUGUGAAGCGAACACUGUUGUGAAAUAUAGUCGGGAAGAUUCCCUACAACGGGGCUUUUAUGGAAAACUCAUCUGCACAAAUUUCAAGAUUUCCUUUUUAAGUGCUGAGCAGCUGGUGGAUGAUGUGGACCAAUCCUAUAGGAAUAAACUGAUGGGUGAAAAUGACAUAUCCUUACUUUGCGUGGACCAGAUAUUUGGAGUUUAUGAUGAUAAAAAGAAGCCAUUGCUGCCUGGUGCUAUAAAGAACAAAAUACCUGAGAAGUUGCUUCUCUACUGCAAAGACUUUCGGGUCUUUCAGUUUGGUUUAAGAUACUCCAAGGAAGAGGAUGCAAGAAGGUUGAUCCGAGGGAUCGUUCACCAUUGUUUGAAUCCAACUUCUUUAAAAUGUUUGUUUGCUUUCUCCUACGUUGGCCCAGCUGGUGGUCUUAAAGUUGGUCCUGGAGCUGAACGCGAACCUUCAACGUUAAUGUUUGAAACCAAAGUUGAUUGGAAAGUAGAACUGGAGCGCACAGGGGGUCUAUUGAGCAACAGAAUAAUUUCCAUUAAUGAAAAUUACCGCCUCGACCCUCGACUUCCACAGUUCUUUGCUGUUCCUUCGUCUGUUACUGAUGAUGAUAUCAAGAAACACAAAGGAAGAGGAAUACCCCUUUGGUGCUGGUCUCACGCGAGUGGGUGUGCAUUGCUGAAGAUGACAACUCUGCCUGAAACAGCUGAUGACAGUACUUUACAAACAGACAGAGGUUGGACAGACAGGGUGCUUCAUGUUCUCGGAGAAACACAUCCCUCGAAUCACAUGGUCAGGACUGAGGUCCUUUCAACCACUCUUCCAACUCUGCAGGAAAUACAGGCUUCUUACAACAGAUUUAAACAACUCUUUUUGAUGGAUAAUGCUGCUGAUUUCUGGGAAUCUGACAUUAAGUGGCUGUCUACAAUAGAGAAUGCAAAUUGGUUGGAAAUUAUCAGGCAAUGUCUGAAGAAAGCAUUGGAUAUUGUUGAAUGCCUGGAGCAUAAAAAUACAUCUGUGGUGCUUAUGGAAGAAAAUUGCUCUGAUCUGUGCUGUGUAAUAGCUAGUCUGGUCCAGGUGAUUAUAGAUCCACAUUUUAGAACCAUAUCUGGCUUCCAGAGUUUAAUUCAGAAGGAGUGGGUGAUGGGGUGCCAUUGCUUUCUAGACCGAUGUAAUCAUCUGCGAGGCAAUGAUAAAGAGGCACCGGUAUUUCUUCUCCUCUUGGAAUGUAUAUGGCAAUUGCUUCAGCAAUACCCACCAGCGUUUGAAUUUACAGAAACUUACCUGACAAUAUUGUCAGACAGCAUGUAUAUUCCCAUCUUUAGCACCUUCCUGUUCAAUUCACCACACCAAAAGGAUAAUACCCAAAUGCUUUAUGAAGAUCGGAAUAUCCUUAGUAGGUCUUUGAAGCUACCCACUGUGUGGGAAUGGUCUGUGCAAUUUGAGAAUUCUGUUCAAGCACUCUUUUAUAAUCCACUUUAUAUUGGAAAGCCAAAACCUGGAAAUGUUAGAAGAACACAACGUGUUAAGGAUUCUGCACAGAACCACUUGGAGAUUGUCCAUGAAAAUUUUCUGGAUGUACCAGAGCCUCAGCGCCAGAUGUCACUGCCAUCCAGCCCAUCUUAUCAUUCGAGACCUUCACCCAAAAAAGGAUUUUUGAGGGAAGAGACUGAUAACUUGAUAAAGACAUUUUUAGGCAAAAAGAUAAGCAGAUUAACAUUCACCGCUGAGGAUUCUUCGAUUGACUGCCGACUAUUCUAUGAAAAUUGGUGCAGUAAACCAAUAGAUCAUCAUGGACUGCUGCUUCCUCUACAUAAUGGUCCAGCUUUGAGAGUUUGGGCUCAGCGAUAUUUGCGCUGGAUUCCAGAGGUUCAAAUACUGGGAGGCAGUUCAACAAUUGCUCUGAACAAAGCCUGUGAAAUUGCAGAUGAGAUAAAACAUUUACAGACCAAAGUAUCUGAGAGGAUGCUCAAAAAGCAAGCAAGCUCACCAAGUGCCGACUUCUUUGCACCAUUUCAACAGGGCAGCCGACUUUCUACAACUUUUCCAUUUGGCACAUUACGUAGGCAUUCUAUAAAGCCCCGCAUUCCAGUUUCUACAAACCUGUCAAUGAGUUUUGGGUCAAUGGAGAACUUGCCAGAUGACGAGGAAGAACUUGGUUUGUUAUAGUGCUGAUUUUCUUUUGCCUAACAUUUUUGAUUUUGUGCUUUGCCCACUGACUUCACCAAAGUAAGUUUGCAAAAGUUUAAUUUAAUUUUUUACAUGACUGUGAAUUUCAUGAUUUUGAGUGGCAUUGUAUUCUAUGCUUGGGUUUUCUUGUUUGGCAAGUUUCAAGCUGCUGUUCGUCUUCAGCUUAUCUUUUGUUGGGAGGGUGAAGUUUAAAUUAAACCAAAACAAUGGUCAGUGACUUAAUUUACAGAACAUAUAAUGUUGACUUGUGGGCUUUUGCAUUAUCAUUGUAGAACAGUUACCAUAAAGCAGUUCCAGAGCCAAGUACCAGUGCAAAGAUUUGCCAAUCUGUGAAGACAAACCAUUUUCUAAAUUGCAGAUGAUGUGUAGGAAACUUGUAUGGUAAAGAGUAAUGAUACAACUCCAUUCUAAAGAGCUUACUAGGUAAUUUCCUAUUUUUAAACCCAUCCCCCCCAUCCCCCUAGUUUAAAUGUAUUUUAGGAAUAUUUGUUUUGUUGACUGAAACUUUCUUCAAAGAAUGAAAGUAUACAUUAAGAUGUGCACCUGCUCUUCCCCCUCUAUUUAAGACUUUGAAUGCCAAGAAUCGGAAAAAGAUUUAUUAUUUUUCAACUGCAUUUUUGCAUUUAAUUGGGAGAAAAGUAUGUAAUAUUCACUAGCUAUUUGAAAUGAUAUUUGUUGUGUGUCUUGUGAGUAACCUUGGAGCUCUUUUCGCUACUGAGCCCUGGAAACGUUAUCCUUUUUUUCCGAAUUAAAACAAAAACAAGUAAAACAAAUCUUUGGUUUAAAUCAGCAUCUGCAAUUCCUUCUGGCACAACAAGCAGGCACUUUUUUUUAUCACCAUUGUCUCAUUUUAGAAAAUGACACAAUGUAUCAAAAUCUGCAACGUCCAACCAUAAGAAUACAGUUGUCAAGCUGCACAUUGGGUUCUUGAAACUUAUAAUAUACCUAUAUCACUAACAGAACCAGAGACUUGGCCCCAAGCCUCUACAGUAAUGGUGUGACUUUAGCACUAGUAGGUAUGACUGAACAAUCUUUAUCACCAGUAUUCUGUUGAGAGAGCUGAUACCACUUAAAGCACCUGACUGUGUUCUAGUUAAUCUUCUGCACCUCUGGUUACAGUAGUGAGUGUUGGGGAGGCAAAAUCUCGUGAACACUACUGGGCAGAUUUGAUAUACGAACUGAAUGAUGACAGGUUUGGGAUUCAUGUUGUGCCUGCUAAAGCUAGUACUUAUAGUGUAGUGCUUAAGUGCUGGUGUGUUGCCAGUUUGUUUAUGAUCAUUUUAGUAACUUCGGAAGAAAAUUAGGAUUUUAAAACAAAAUAUAAGGUAAUUUAAAUUUGGACUCAAAAGAAUUCAGACUGACUGAUCUUCAAUCCAGUUACUACUGGCCUAAUUAAAUUUGCUCUGAUUAGUAAUCUGAAGUCGGAAACUUUGGUUAUUUUCCUUACCACGUCUGCUUCAUUGUUCAACUUGACCUGUUAUUUUGAGCAGAUUAAGUAUACUAAAUUGAUGCAGCUUACUCUUCUAAAUGAAGCACCAAACUGGGUAGCAACAAAAGGAGCACUCAAUACAGAUUUUUUUUUAAUGCGUCAAGUACUCCGCAGACUGGGUAUCAUGGAGAGAAAGGCAGCAUUAACUUUCGUAAGUUAUUGGAGCAAAUUAGGCCAUUUGGCCCAUCAAGUCUACUGGACCAUUCAAUCAUGGCUGAUCUAUCUUUCCCUUUCAACUACAUUCUCCAGUCUUCUCCACAUAUCUCCUGACACCCGUACUAAUCAAGAACAUUUAUCAAAACUAAUAGCAAACUCGCUGAAAUGUUAACUUUCUUUCAGUUUAUUUCUACCCACUUCAUACACCUACUGACUUUUCAGCUUUCUAGCAUCCAACAAUUAUUUAAAUUUAUACUAGGAAUACCUCCUAUUGAUAACGAGUACCUGAAAUGGAAAUACAUUUUUUAUUAACACAUCAAUAAUGACAAAUUAUUACAAUCCUUUUUAAUAAACAGAUGCAAAACACUCAUGAAAAUGGAAUGUUCUUGGUUUAUUGUUAAAACAUCAAUGUACUUUUAGUAUAUCUUGCAAUCCAUCUACAGAUAAGUCUGCAGCAGAGGCACCAGUAUUUGUUGCCAAUCAUUGUAUAUUUCAAUUCUGGAUAAAUUAUAAAUUUGUUUCAUUCUUUAAAUACAUGUUUGUCCCUAGUUCAAAGAGCACAAUGUGGAGUGUAAGUUUAGUGAGUUCAAUUGUUUUGCAUCAAAUAAAUAAUGCAUUCAGUGGCUUUGCGAAAUUGCAACUGCAAGGAAAUUACAUCGAAAUUGGAGUCCUGAAUGACCUUGUAGCUUACUGGUGCCAUACAUUCUUGAAAUGCUUCUGCCAAAUUAUAGAUUUUUUUUUCCCCUUUUAUAAAAAGAUUAUACUUAAAAAAAAAUUCUGCUUGCCAGGCUGCAAUUAAAUAUACUUGGUGUUACCAUGAAAUACAAGCAGGCACACUCAUUUGUCACUCCAUGUUUUAUCAACCAGAGGAGAAUAAACCCAUCAUUUUACUUUAAUUGUAUUUAUAGAUGAUUAAAAUAACUUCUACUGCAUUCUUGGCUCCAUUGGUAAUAAGUGUUUAGGAAGGAACUGCAGAUGAUAGUUUAUAUAGCUGAUACACAUAAAUGCUGGAGUAACUCAGCGGGUCAGGCAGCAUCUCUGGACAAACGGAAUGGGUGACUUUUCAGGUUAGAACCCUCAUCAGACUUGGUCUGAGGAAGGGUUCUGACCCAAAAUGCCACCUAUUCCUUUUCUCCAGAGAUGCUGCCUGACCUGCUGAGUUACUCCAGCAUUUUGUAUCUACAUUGAUAAUAAUCUGGCUUUCAUGAAUAAUUUUUCACCUCCAUUUUUUUUCUUUCACCACAUUUUAGUUGCAAGUUAUUUUGCAUUGAUGUAUUCUCAAUUCAAUACAGAAACUAGUUUAAAUUAAUUAUCUUCCAGUUCCGUCAAACAUAAUCAAGCUAUUAGACUUUAGAUAUUCUUAUAAAGCAUAAUAUCUUGAUUUAUAAAAGAUGAAUAGACAAUCGUCAAUGCCAUCAUCUGCCUCCCAUCUUGUACAGUGGUUGCAAAAAUCUUAUCAAUAUAGACUACUGAAUUGAUGUUUUUGUCUUUUAAUGAAUGAUGUAUCCACAUUUUGUUUUGACUAGGGGAGAUCAGUAGGUAUAUUCCAGUUGAGAGAGUAACUUGCCAGAUCUUCAACUAUUUGUUUACAUUUCUUUAUAAUCCGCUUCCAAGAGGCAAUAAGGAUCUGCUCUUAAACCUGAGAUUCCUUGUUUAAAUUCACAACUUCCUAUCUGCAGAAAGGUCCUGAACUGAAAUGUUACCUGUCCAUGUUCUCUAGAUAUGCUGUCUGACCCAUUGAGUUACAUCAGCACUUUGUCUUUUCUAAAUUCAUGAACAUUUAAUUGCAGUAAUUUGUUGUGAUUUAUUUCUACAAUUCCUCAAUUUCUGCUUUUAUUGUACUAUUAACUUUAAAUAUGCCUUGCAAAUUGAUGAUUACUUCACAUUUUCACUGCAUAUGAUACGAUAGAACAUUAUUCAUCCCAGGAGGGAAUUUGGUCAAAAGGGUUUAAGAAGGAACUGCAGAUGCUGGAAAAUCAAAGAUACACAAAAAUUCUGAUGAAACUCAGCGGGUGCAGCAGCAUCUAUGGAGCGAAGGAAAGAGGUAACGUUUCGGGCCAACACCCUUGUUGAUUCUGAAGAAGGGUUUCGGCUUGAAACGUUGCCCAUUUCCUUCGCUCCAUAGAUGCUGCUGCACCCGCUGAGUUUCUCCAGCAUUUUUGUGUACCUUUGGUCAAAAGGGUAGCAUAUGAACUUUUGUUAUGGAAGAUACAGAUUCAUUACUUGGAUUCUGACUUUAGAUUUAAUUAAAGAUGCCAAUGAAAGUGAUUUUGGAUUCCUACUUUGCUUACACAAGGAUAUUAUUUCUCAGUAUGCAUGAAUAUUUUUGUGAAGCCUAUAUAGUGAUCAUGUUACUUUUUUGUGAUUUAAAAAAAAAUGAUUUUGAAGUUUCUCACUUUAUUGCCUUAUUUAUUAAGCCCAUUUUGACAGUUUUUGCCAAUGUUUGUUUCUCAAAAAUGCUGUUAAUAUUUUUAUACAACUUUCAGGAAAUAUUUGCAUGGGCCUUUAAGAGCUUUCCUUUUACCUGAGAACAUUAAGCUUAUAAUUACAAGGUCUUUCAUUUGAAUUUAAUGCAUAUGUAUUAUUUGACCUUAAUAAAUACAAGGGGUGCUAAAAUAAAAAAUGCUUUAAUUUAAAAAUUAUACUAUUUCAUCAACCUGUUGAAUCUUAUGAUUAAACAUGGCUAGUUGGUGAAAUUUGACUGCAAAGACUGAAAUUAGUACGUUGUGUAUAAUGUGCAAAAAGCGCUUCAAUUCUUUUUAGGUUGUAGGGUGUUUACAUAAUAAGUGACUGGAGGAAAUAUGUUAAUAGGAAAUCAUGUUUAUUCAGCUGUCGGGUAAAUGAAUUGGCAGUUCACUGGUUUGUAAUUUGUACACUUGGGCAAUGAGUUUUAAGCUUCAAGUACACGUGGAAAACAAUGAUCCAAGCAUGUUUCUGUUUCUUUGCAAAUAGAAUACUAUUCCCACUUCCCCAAUCCAGCUCUUUAAAAUGUAUCUGCUUGUAGAAAAUGUAAUGAAUCUUUUGCCUUCUAAAAUCUUAUCCAUGCAUCAUAAAUUCCAGUCAUCAAACUUAAAAAGUUUUUAUAAUUUAGAAAAAAACAUGUUUUGUUUCAUGUGCUAUACAAGUCUAUGUGUAACUUGUUGUCUUCUGUACAUUGAGCAUUUCGGAUCAGAAUUUGACUACUAAUUCACGAGCAGCCUUAACCAUAUUGUCAUACUGUAAAUUGUGUCAAACUGCUUUAUUGUGCCUUGUCAAUAACAGAUUUGCGAAUAAUUUAAUUACAUUGCAACAUGGUCUGUACUUGUAUUUUUUAUAUUGUGGCACUGAUAUCAGAACCAAAUGUAUAUAAUGGAUAUUACAGUAGCUAAUGAAUUUUGUGAAACUUUACUGUAACUUUGCUCCCUUGGUUGUUUUAGUUUUUAAGGUCAUUCCUGUUGAAAUUGUAAUGUUUUCCCAAUUAAACAAAGACAAAUUCAACAUGUCAA